AUGACCAUCAUGAAGAUAAAGUUUGAUGCCAAGAAACGGGUAAAGUUGGCACAAGGCCUUUGGCUCAUGAGCUGGUUUGCUGUAAUGACUGGAGUUUUAGUUUUCGGCUUGGGACUCUUCUUCAAAAUUGAGCUGCGCAAGAGGAGUGAGAUGAUGGACAAUAAAGAGAGCCACUUUGUCCCCAACUCUCUCAUCCUCAUGGGGAUCCUUGCCUGCUUGCUCAAUGCUUUUGGGGGCAAGAUAUGCUACGACUCAUUGGACCCAACCAAGUUUGUUCGCUGGAAGGCAAUCUUGAAACCGUACCUGGUUGUCUGCUUCUUGUUCAACGUUAUGCUCUUUCUGACGGCCAUCAUGUGCUUCACCAUGCGCUUGGCUUUGGAGAGUACAUUAGCCAAUGGGCUCAAGAGCGGCAUGCGCUAUUACAAGGACACGGAUACUCCUGGCCGCUGCUACAUGAAGAAGACAUUGGAUCUGAUGCAGAUUGAAUUCCGCUGUUGUGGAAACAACAACUUCAGAGACUGGUUUGAGAUCCAGUGGAUAAGCAACCGCUACCUCGACUUCAGCUCCAAGGAUGUCAAGGACCGCAUUAAGAGCAAUAUCGAUGGGAAAUACCUGCUAGACGGAGUGCCCUUCAGCUGCUGCAAUCCAAAUUCCCCGAGGCCCUGCAUCCAGUAUCAGAUCACCAACAAUUCGGCACACUACAGCUACGACUAUCACACAGAGGAGCUGAACAUUUGGACACGAGGAUGCCGAGAGUCCCUGCUCAGCUAUUACGGUGGGAUGAUGAACUCCAUCGGAGCCCUGGUUCUUCUGGUUUGGCUUUUUGAGAUGGCAGUCAUGGUCGGCUUACGCUACUUGCAUACAUCUUUAGGAAGUCUUUCAAAUCCUGAGGAUCCAGAGAGUGACAGUGAAGGUUGGCUACUGGAAAAAAGCAUCAAAGAAACUUUCAGCUCAUUUGCAGAGGGCCUCAAGUCCGUGGGUAAGCUCAACAAGGUUGAGGCUGGAGCUGAAGGUGGUGGAGGAGAGGCUCAGACUGUGGCGACUGUCAGCUGA